AUGAAAGGAGCUGUUGUCUCGCUGCUGUGGCUAGCGGGUCUUGCUGCAGCCCAAAGUAGCUCCCCAUCACCAUCCGUCGUCACAUUGUCGGGUUCCCAACGGAGUCUUACCGGCGACGACCUUGCGCCCAAUCCAACGGUGCCCUCGGACUUUGAAGGCAGCACCUUUGCGACCGUCACCUCGCCUGUCUCGGCCUCGUCGGGCCAGACCCGCUCGUCCAAUGGCACCACAACCAGCGGCCAGCCCAUCACCAACAUCGGAAAUGGAAACAGGACCAUGACACCAACUGGCAGUGGCACAGCGCCUCCCCUGCCAUCCAACACGCAGCCGUGCAACAACUAUCUCGAGUUCUGCAACCGCAAGUACUCCAACAUCACCGAGGUCUGCGCCCACAACUCGCCCUACACGCGCAAGAACAACAUUGCGCGCAACCAACAAUACUCGGUCAAGCAGCAACUCGACGACGGAAUCCGCAUGCUGCAGGGCUCAGCCCACUAUGUCAAUGGCACCUUGUACUACUGCCAUUCCUCGUGCGACCUGCUCAACGCCGGCACAGUCGAGGACUACCUCCGCCAAGUCACUGAAUGGGUAGAGGCCCACCCGUUUGACGUCGUCACCAUUCUCUUUGGAAACUCGGACUGGGACAAGAAAACCGCAGACGGCAAGCCCCUCGUUACGUCGGUCAACUUUGCAGAGCCCAUUGAAGCCUCGGGCCUUCGCAAGUACAUCUACCAACCGCCCAAGACUGCCAUGGAGCUCAACGACUGGCCCACGCUCGGCGAGCUGAUCCUCAACAACGACCGCGUCAUCACCUUUAUCGACUACAACUACGACACAGACGCCGUGCCGUACAUCCUCUGGGAGUUCUUCAACAUGUGGGAAACGAAAUUCUCGCCCACCGACAUCGCCUUCCCCUGCAACCUCGGCCGCCCGGAGGGCAUGUCGGAGCAAAAGAUGCGCGAAAUCCUCUACAUGGCCAACCACAACCUCAACGCCGAAAUUUCGUUUGCCGGCCUCAACCUCCUCGUUCCCAACGUCGCCCGCAUCAAGCAAACAAACGGCCUCGAGGGAGAAGGCAGUCUGGGUCUCAUGGCCAACACGUGCACUAAUGACUGGGGCCGUCCUCCAAACUUCCUCCUCGUCGACUUUUACAACGAGGGCCCUACAAACGGCUCCGUCUUUGAAGUCGCUGCCCGCGCCAACAACGUCACGUACACCCGCAAGUGCUGCGGUACCACGUCGAUUGCUAGCUUCCCUUUGCUUCCUACAUACGCUACUACCAUCAUGGCUGCUGCUCUCAUUGCCCUUUUCGCUUUGUAA